GUAAUAAACUAACGAGAGUAAAGAUGCUGCCUAAGGGUUGGACGUCAGUUCUCGCACUUGGUGUCUUCUGGUCGUUGAUAAAAAGCGAUGGGGAGUGGGGGUGGGGGGUCCUCGGUUUAACACCAGACGUGGCUGAAGAUCCAGAAACGGAGGAGAUGAAAUUUCAGAAGGUUUCAGUCGGAAUAGAGAUCCGCUUUCAGACUUUUUCUGUUUGUGCGCCUCAGCACCCCCCCCCCCCAACCCCCGGCCCCCCAGCCCAGGACCGCCCCAAUGCAAUAUCCUGCUCCUGCGCAGGGGGGGCGGGGGGGAACCUGAUCCCGCGUCCAGCCCUUUAAAGGGACGCGGCGGACCUCCGCGCGCAGACCGGAGCGGCGCAGAUGAAUGAAGCUUCCGCCAGCCGCACCGGGGAGGGGGGGCUCGUCCGAAGAGUCUUCGCCAUGACCGACGCCAUGAAGAGCAGCGCUGCGGCUUCUGCAGCGGCGCCCCCGGUGGACUGGCAGAAGCGCUGCGUCUCUCUGGAGAUGCAGCUGCUGAGGUUCCGGCUGCAGGCGGGAAAGAUCCGGGAGCUGCUGGCAGAGAAGAUGCAGGAUCUGGAGCAGAGGGUGACGGAGGCUGACCAGAGGGCGGACCGUGCAGAGAAACAGAUCCAUAUGAUGGAGGAGAAGCUGAAGUCUGCAAACAUACAGACCAGUGAGUGUGAGAGCUCGCUGUUCAGGAAGUACCAGGACCUGAGCAGCAGGGUCCAGGAGAAGGAGGCUCUUAUCCAGAGGCUGGAGAUGCAGCUGGAGAAGCAGGUCUUAGCCAGAGCCCAGGAGGCCAAAAUAAUCGAGGAGAAGGCUGCAAAGAUCAAAGACUGGGUCACCUUGAAGCUUAAAGAGAUGGAGGAGGAGAACCAGCAGCUGAAAACGGUUAACCUGAAGCAGACGGAACAGAUCCUGCAGCUGCAAGAGAAACUGCAGACUCUUUUGGAGAAACCUGGAUCUCCUGGAGUGAAAGAUGCUUCUCUGGCUCCCAGCACCACCCAGGAUGAGGGAGGGACCUCCAGCAUCAGGACCAUGGCAACAGAUCUGAGGAAGUCACCAGAAUUGGUCCCCAAAAGCUCGUGUCUCUGGGAUUUCUCUGUCCAUGAGCCUCUGGUUCGUGGAGGACGUUCUCCCAGCAGUGGACCGGAGCUCCAGGAGAGCCCUGAGAACCUGACGGGGAACCUGGACAGAGACAACUCCUCUGAAGAACUCAACAGGAAGUUCUCCUCCCAGUGCCUUCACUCCUCCUCCUCCUCUUCAUCUUCAUCCUCUGCUAACGAGAUGGCUCAUGCACCGAGCUCAGCAGGCUCCGCCCUCAGAGUGACGCCCAAAAGCCCACUUCUGUCCCGCUCCCCAUCCAACAAGAACUCCUUUCCCUGCCUCCCCCAGCCAUCGGCCCCGCCCCCGGGCGCCAGCAUGACGCUGCCCAAAGUGCGGACUCCGCUCACGCCCAGAGACAGCAUCCAGCUGGUCAAGAAGCACCGCAGCCAGCCGCAGCCCGGCCUGGACCGACUCCCCCACCUCAACGUGGACGUCCACGUCACGGCGCCGUCCUCCGCCUCCUCCACCCUGAAGAGCACAGGCACCGCCUCCCCUUUCUCUCAGCUCGUGGAAGAAACCGACAUUGAUGACGAGCCCCCCGACAGCACUGAGGGAGGGGGGUGGGGGGCGCACUCCGAGGUCCUGCCUCAGGAGGGGGUUUCCUUCGCGGGGCUUUCAGAAGACCUGGAGAAGGAGGAUCCAGAGGUUCUGAAGCCGCCAACUCCUCCUCUGCACCGCUUCCCAUCCUGGGAGAGCCGGAUUUACGCUGUGGCCAAGGCGGGGAUGAGGGUGUCGGAGGCGGGACGAGGGUCCGGCAUGCCCCAGUGGCCAGUGGCUCCUCCCACCCCGCUCGUUUAUAAGAACAUCAAGGUUCCGGUCUACACCACACUGAAGGGGAAAGCCACCCAGAUCAGCAGCACGCCUCUGCCCGACGACGAGUCCGGCUCAGAGGACGACAGCAGCUCGCUGGCCAGUUCACGCACGUCCAUCCUGAGCCCCGACAGGAAAGGCAGCGUUCCCGGAAGCCCCCGCGCCGUCAAGAGAGGCGUGUCCGUGUCAUCCUUCAGCUCUGAGAGCGACUACGCCAUUCCUCCGGACGCCUGCUCGCUGGACAGCGACCACUCUGAGCCGGAGCAGAAGGUGCAGCGCACCUCCUCGUACUCCUGCGAGAGCAUCAACCUUGAGGCUCUGGAAAAGUCCGGCUACCUGCUGAAGAUGAGCAGCCAGGUGAAGGCCUGGAAACGUCGCUGGUUCAUCCUCAGGAACGGAGAAAUCCUCUACUAUAAGUCUCCGAGCGACGUGAUCCGGAAACCUCAGGGGCAGAUUGAGCUGAACUCUUCCUGUGGUUUAGUUCACGGCGAGGGAGCGAAGACUUUUCAGCUGAUCACAGAAAAGAAGAGCUACUUUCUGACCGCCGACUCGCCCAACAUUCUGGAGGAGUGGAUUCGAGUUCUGCAGAACAUUCUGAAGGUCCAGGCCUGCAGCCCCGUUUCUACGGCGACCGGCGGGAAGCCCACAAUGAGAGGAUGGCUCACAAAGGUCAAACAUGGACACUCAAAGCUGGUCUGGUGUUCUUUGGUUGGAAAAGUGUUCUUCUACUAUCGGAACCAGGAAGACAAGCUGCCGCUGGGUCAGCUGCAGGCCUCGGAGGCGUCGGUGCAGGAGGUGGACCGCUCGUGCGACUCGGACGAGGACUACGAGGCGGGCGGGCGAGGGUUCCUGUCCUCCCACUGCACCCUGGUGGUCCAGCCCAGAGAGCAGAGCCCCACAUAUCUGCUCAUCGGCACCAAGCAGGAGAAGGACGCCUGGCUGUACCACCUGACCGUGGCCGCCGGCUGCGGCGCCAACUUCCGCGUGGGCACAGAGUACGAGCAGCUGAUUGGGAAGCUGCUGGACGCAGACGGAGACCCGGACUCGCCGCUGUGGACGAGCGACGCCCUGAGUUUCAGUAAGGAGGGUCUGCGCUCGCCGCUCACCACGCUGCCGUCCGAAGCGCUGCAGACCGAAGCCCUCAAGCUCUUUAAGUCGUGUCAGCUCUUCAUCAACGUUCUGGUGGAGUCUCCAUCCGUGGACUACCACACCUCGCUGGCCCAGAAUGCCUUGCAGGUGUGCCUGACCCACCCGGAGCUGCAGAAUGAAAUGUACUGCCAGCUGAUCAAACAGACGCACCGCCGGACGCCGCACAACCAUUCGCUCACGCAGGUCAGCCGCGGCGCAGAGUUCAGAGCCGACGCUCCGGCCUGCAGCCAACUCCUGUCCGUCUCCCAACAGUGCUGGCAGCUGCUGUCCCUGUGCGCGGCGCUGUUCCUCCCCCAGCAGCACUUCCUCUGGUACCUCAGGGAGUACCUGCAGCUCAACGCCGACACCAGGACUGAGGUGGGGAAGUAUGCCGUUUACUGCCAGCGCUCUCUGGAGCGGACGCUGCAGAACGGCGAGCGGGAAGCCAGGCCGUCGCGCAUGGAGAUCAUCUCCAUCCUGCUGAGGAACCCGUAUCACCACUCGCUGCCGUUCAGCAUCCCGGUCCACUUCAUGAACAACACGUACCAGGUGGUGGGCUUCGACGGAUCCACCAUCGUGGAGGAGUUCCUCAACACUCUGAACCAGCGCAUCGCCAUGAGGAAGCCGCAGCUGACGGGGUUCGCCCUCGUCACCGACGAUCCGUCCGGAAAAGACCUGGAGCACUGCCUGCAGCCGACGGACAAGAUCUGUGAUGUGAUUUCCAAGUGGGAGCAGGCGCUGAAAGAGAUGCACCCUGGGAAAAAUGAAGGCACGCGGAUUGUCCGACUCACCUGCAAAAAGAGGCUGUUUUUCAGGUCGCAGGUGAAGGGGGAGACGGAGCGAGAGCGCCUCCUGCUGGCGUACCAGGUGAAUGCAGACGUGCAGCAGGGCCGCUUCCCCGUGAACAAAGAGCUGGCUCUGGAGGUGGCGGCCCUCAUGGCAAAGGUUGAACACGGGGAUCUGGAACGCCCAGGUGUCUCCGCCUCCUCAGGUUCUCCCAGACCUCAGCUGCUUCUUCUGCAGGUUCUGGAGCGGUUCUACCCCAAACCCUACAGGCAGCACUGCAGCGCGGAGCAGCUCAGGGAGCUGUCGGAGCGUCUGGCAGUGAAGUGGUCGUCGCUGCGCGGCUGCAGCGCCUCGGAGUGCGUCCGGAUUUACCUGACGGUGGCACGAAAGUGGCCCCUGUUUGGAGCCAAACUCUUCAGUGCAAAGCCUUCCCCCCCCUCCCUUUUCGAGCAGAGCCAGGUGUGGCUGGCGGUGGGGGAGGACGGGUUGUGUGUGCUGGACCCCACCAUGCACACCCUGGUGUCAUACCCCUACCUGUCGGUGAUCACGUUCGGCGGCUGUCGUGAUGAUUUCAUGGUGGUCACGACUCAGCGGAGGGAACCUGGCGGGGGAAAGAAGAUAGCAGAGAAGCUCAUCUUUGCGAUGCCUAAACCAAAGGUGCUGGAGCUGACGUUACUCAUGGCCAGCUACAUCAACCAUUUGAACCUCAGCGCCCCGCCCGCCUCCCACCAGCCUCUCAGCCAAUGGGAUGGAGACAGCAGGCUCUUCUCCAGCACCAACGGCCCCACACUGCUGUGAGAGACCGCACAGGACGGACCAGGGAGCAGUCCUGGGCCCUGACGCACAGAGAUUCCUCUGCUUCCUGUCAACCCUCUGAUGUUCUGAGGAUCAUGGCGUCCUCAGCAUCUCACAGUCUGUCUCAGAUUGGAGAGGCUCCGCCCAUCUGCUGCUCUCAGAGACUCGGCCUGCUUUCAUCAGUGGACGUUCUCCCAGCUGAAUCUUCAGAACAAUGUUCUGCUCUGAGACCUGCAGCAGCUUUGGAAUGAGCUCCCUUAAGAUCCAAGUUCUCAUUGAAACCUGUCCUGAUGACAGGAAAAGAUCGAAUCUUAGUUGAAAUGUUUUGUCAAAUUCUAUCCAGAUGUUUCUGGAAUUUGUCUUUAAUCUACAGAUUUAUAACUUUACGACACUAAAGUGAAUGCUUAGGGGCUGAAAGGUAAACGUUGGUGGAGGAACAGCAGAUUUCUUUGCUUAAAGCUGAAUUUUCCAUCGUUGUUUACAGAUAACUGAUGCUUCAGUUCUAACCUUAACAUCUUUAAUUCCUCCAGAUGUUUUUCAAAAACCUGUUUCAUUUAGUUUUGCUGCAUUGGUAAAAUGUCAUGAGUUUUGUUUGAUCUCCUGAAAUGAACCAGAAAACUGACUGUUAAUGUUGUGGAUGGUUCUGACGGGUCGACUCUAACCGAUGUGAACCUGCAGCCUCUUGAAGAACCGCUCAGCAUCAGCAGCUCACAGCUAACUGUGUUUGGAUGACUUGAACAGAAACGGAUAAACCACUAAGUCACCUCUUAAUUUAUGUGGCCACUGUGGGACGCCUGCAGGAUCCAGCGCUCCGGAUCGCUGCCAGUCUUUGUGGUUCAGGUGACUGCUGAGGUGUGCUGCACAUGCUAAAGCGUGCCUUUUUCAUGUUUUAUUAAAGGGAAAUGUUUCUUGUUUCACCCAAAUGUUUUGUGAAAACCACUUUCUCCCCCUGUUUAGUUUUGACGUCUCUAGUUUAGACACAACCUUGAGCUGAAACUGCCUCCUUUCCCAGCGUUGGUUAACGUGUUGCUGUGAAAACCUGACGCUCUCUGCAGAUAAACAAAUGUAAACGCUUUUUAAAAUAAAGUAUUGAUAGAUGG